UCACUCGAAGGCAUCUUUCAACUAGCCUCUCGUCCGAUUGAGCGAUGUAAAGAGCGAACAGCAAGGAGAAGACAUCACCAACCACCUACCAGCAGCCACCAUCCAGCAGAGAAUCUGAAUCUGCACGAAACGCAGUGCCAUCAACGGGAGAAAAAAAGACCAUCAACGAGUAGGAAUCACAAUGAGUGGCAGCCAUAGAAUGUUGUGCUGUCAAGUAUUUAUAUUAGUUUUAUUUGCACACACAAUCCGGACGGAGUUCCAUGCGAGCGGAGCCAGCGCGGCGGUCAGCUUCGAUGGCCCCUCGCCUGUCCAGGAGCUGGGUGCACUGGCACCGUUGGCGCGGCCCAACAGACGCCGCAUGUACGCCAUGUGCCCGCCGCAGUUCCAGCGCGUGGGCACCGACUGCUACUCGCUGGUGAGCCAGCGCAGCAGCUGGCUGGAGGCGCACUUCUUCUGCAAGGACAAGAACGCCAAUCUGGCCGAGCCCCUCAAGUACGCCGACCGCAAGCUGCGCGCAUUCCUGCAGAAGGAGGAUGCCCAGACAGGAGAUCGCGAGCCAGUGUGGAUUGGGGCCACCUUUGAUCACCGCAACCGUCUCUGGCAGUGGAGCAUGAGCGGCCGCAAUCUGACCUACGACUCGUUCAGCCAAAUGGAUGCCACCUAUGUGCAACUUAUCUCCAACAGCCAGCCCAACGACAACAACUGCGCCGUCUACGAUCCGAGCCUCAAGUACCGCUGGUCGGCGCGCUCGUGCCCGGACAAGCUGCGGUUCAUCUGCCAGCACAAGAUGCCCAAGGUGAGCGAGGCCAACCGCUACAAGAUCUACAAUCGCUGGAACGCCACCUAUCCCAAUGAGCGGGCCAACGAGGUCGUUCUCGAGAUUAUCGAUCGCAACGACAAGGAUCGCAGAUACCAUCGUCGCGUGAAGGCUGAGGGCAGCGAUGAGGAGAUGAUCAUUCCCGGUCGCCGCAAGAACAAUCGUCGCAAUCAGCCACGCAACCACCAGCAGCAGCCGCAGCCGCAGCAGCCCCUGCACCCCAACGAUGUCAACUCCCACCAGAGGGAACCGCAGCAGCGCCCUCGCAAGCGUCCACGUGUCUCCUCCACCACCACCACCGUUGCACCCACAGCCGAGCUUGCGCCCGCUGCCCUGUCCAACAUCCAAAACAACGAUGUCCUGCCCGCCUCACCGACGCCCCAGCAGAUGACCCAGUACGACCGCAAGCUGCAGCGCCAGCGCCAGAAGGAGAGACGCCGCCAGCAGCGCAAGAAGGAGCGCCAGGAGCAGAACCGCCAGCUGCGUCGCGAACGUCAGCGCAAGCAGCGGGAGGAGCAGCAGCGAUUGCAGCGGGAGCGGGAGCGCGAGCAGGUGCAGCAUGAAGAACCACAUCCUGAGGGGCAAGAGCUGCGCGCGCGAAUGGCCACUUUCGACCAGAAGGAGCAGCAGGAGAAGCAGCUGAAGGAGCAGCAGGAACGACAGCAGAAGGAGCAGCAGGAGAAGCAGGUGAGGGAGCAGCAGGAACGACAGCAGAAGGAACAGCAGCAGAAGCAGCUACGGGAGCUCAAGGACAAAGAGCAGCGCGAGCAGCAGGAGCGCGAGUAUCAGCAGCAGCUGCGCGAACGCGAACUGGAGCAACUGAAGCAGCGGCAGGCGGAGGAGGAGCGUCGUCGCAAGUCCGACGAUGAGGCCGAGAAACUGCGCCUGGAGCGCAUCCAGAAGCAGCGGGAGCGCGAGGCCGAGCAGCGCCGUGCGCGCGAGGAAGAGAUGCGCAAGCAGCGCGAGGAGCAGGAGGAGAUCGACCGCCGCAAUGCCGCCGAGCGGCUGGCCAAGGAGCAGCGAUUGCGGGAGGAGCACGAGAAGCGCAUAGCCGAGGCCAACUCUGAGCAGGAGAAGCAGCUGGCCGAGGCCCACGAGAAGAAGCGGCGCGAGGAGCAGGCCCUCAAGGAGCAGCUGCAGGAGCAGGAGCGCCAACGGCAGGAGCAGAUCCGUCGCGAGCAGGAGGAGGAGGAGAAGCGCCAGCAGCUAAAGCGCAUGGAGGAGACGCGCAUCUUCGAGCAGCGCGAACUGGAGCGACUGCACGAGGAGAACAGGCGGCGGGAGGAGCAGCAGCGUGCCCGCGAUGCAGAGAUUGCCGAGCGCGAGGCCAAUGAGAAGCGGCUAGAGCAGGAGGAGGAGCGUCUGCGCAAGGAGGUGCAGGAAGAGGAGCGCGCACUGAAGCUACCGCUGGAGAAGGAGAUGCGCGAGGCGGAGGAGGCGCGCAAGGCCAAGGAGGAUGCCGAACGGCAGGAGAAGGAGGCCAAGGCAGCCGAGCAGAAUCGCAAGCUGGAGGCCGCCAAGAAGGCAGCCGAUGCUUUGGUGCAGGCCUCGCUCGCCGAGAAGCGUCGCGAGUACACAUCGCGCAUCUCGGCCCUGAGUCCCGAGGACCAGAAGAAGUUCAUCGAGAUGCGCAAGCGGCGCAAGCAGCUCAAGGAGCAGAAGAUGCGCGAGCAGAACGAGAAGAAGCUCAAGCGGAUACAGCAUGCCAUGCGAUUGAAUGACGCCGAGUAGGAGAGAGAAGUGCUGCUCAUCACUCCAUCGCCUCCUACACCUACACAUAUCUCUUCCAAUCUCCUCUACCAGACGUCGCACUAAUCCCCCCGCUACUAACCGACACAUAUCGUUCGAGAGUUGGUUCAGCCACUGGGCCGAUGAUCCCCUUUUUUUAAUUGCUUUUUAUUUUGUUGCUUUUAAUGGAAGAAAAACAAACAAAACAAAAACACGCAAAAGUAUUAUUUACAAGGAGAAGAAAGGAAGGGAAGGCAAGGAAAGGAAAGGAAACGAAAUUAACUAACAAACCGGAUAUAUCGCCUCCGGGCGGGAAAGUCAGUUUCAUUUGCAUUUGAUCCGCAGACGAGCGAUGGCCCCCAGCAGCAAUAUGCCCACAGUUGGAUAUCGUUUCGAGCGACCACCGGGAAGCCACUUAAUCUCUAUGGGAACUUCGCUGUAGCUCUAUGUAGUACUGUACAGUAAACAUAUAUACUAUAUAUAUAUGCUAUAUAUAUAAAUAUAUAUAUAGGUCUAGGAUAGACACACACCCCACAAUGGCAAUCCCCACCCACCCACACCCAUACGAAAUAUAACCAUAAACUAUAUAGAAUAUCGAGCAAUUUUAAAGCCCACAUAGAUCGCAAAGAAUUUUAAAAACUAGAGAGCACACAGAAAUACAUAUAUGAAAAUAUCUCACAUAAUUAAUAAAAAGAUGGGAAUGGCUAGAAGAGUCCUUACUGAUCGAUCCCUAGUUUGGCCCCCAAAACCCCCCUAAAAUGUGUCCUCGAAAUCACCGUAGAAGCAAUAAUUUACUAAGGAAAACCUUUUGAUAAUACAAGUAUCCCAUGUACUAACUAUUUAGGUUACAUAUAAUGAUUAAAGUAUGUUUAAAUGUAAAUUUUUAUGUAUUUUUUAAUACCUCAAAAACUGGAUGGAAACGUAAGCGUAAGCGGAAAAGUAUCUUUCUAACGUUUUAUUUUGUUUAAAAUGAAAAGAAUGAAGCGAAUGAAACAAAGCAAAAACAAAAGCAAAAGCAAAAGCGAAAGCAAUUUUAUAGCCAAGUAAAAUGCAUUUUAAUAGUACACUAACCAAUUUUAAAUAUUAUUACAUACAUACCUACUAUAAAAUAUAUAUGUACACAACACCCAAGAGAAAUGAAAAGAGAAGGCGAAUCUAAAUGAAUAGUCAGCGAAACUUAGGCAGAAGCAGAAGCAUAAUCAGAAUCGGAAAUAUGAAAUCGAAUGGAUAAACAUAUUAUGAUAAUAAUAUUACCAUAUAAUAUUUAUGCAAGAUUAAAUCUACAGUUAAGCCACAGCAAAUAAAGUGAAAUAAAGAAUAAAGUUUGAAUGAAA